AGAGACGCCCCCACCACCACGAGUCCCCACCCCCCCGCAACCACCAAGCAAGCCGAUGCCACUAUGCUUCCGGGGAGGCUAGGCGAGGACGGGAAGCGACGCGGCGCCACCGCCACCGCCACCGCCGACGAGGACGCCACCACCGACGCCGACGCAGCCACGUCGGCGUCGGCGGCGUCCCUGAACGACCUCUGCGCCACCGCAGCCGCUGGCGCCGCGGCGGGGGCGCCCGCGCCGUUCCCGAGGACGGCCGCGUGGGCGGUCGCCGCGCUGCUCGCGGUGGGCCUUGGGGUCGGCGCCCUCGUCCUGGCCGUCGUGCAUAGCGCCGCGCUGCUCGUGGUGGCGCUUCUCCUCUCGGCCGCCGUGGCGGCGUUCCUUCUCUGGAAUGCCGCCGCUGCCGCGUCGGGCCGCGCGCUGCGCCGGUUCGUGGACGGGCUCCAGGCCUCCAGCCUCCGCGUCGCGGCCGAUGGCCAGCUCGUCAAGAUCACCGGAUUUGUUUCAUGUGGUGAUAUUUCAUUGAUCUCUUCAUAUGAGAAGGUUGAGAAUUGUGUAUACACAUCUACUCUUUUAAGAAAAUGUGCUAGAUGGGGUUCUGUGACACUAAAUCCUUGGAAUCAAUGUUCCAAGUGGAAAUUAGCACAUGCCGAGAGGUUUGCUGCUGAUUUCUACAUAACAGAUGCAAAAUCAGGUAAAAGAGCCUUGGUGAAAGCUGGGCACCACUCAAAGGUUGUGCCUCUGAUCGAUGAAAAUCUUCUAGUAACAACAAGCAGGGACACUGAGUUAUCUUCCACUCUAAAGUAUUGGCUCGAAGAAAGAAACCUUUCUUCUGAAGAAGCUCAGGUUAUCCGUCUCGAGGAAGGGUAUAUCAGAGAAGGAAUGCGGUUGAGCGUGAUUGGAAUGUUGAGCAAGAAGAACGGGGAUGCCAUGAUACUUCCUCCGCCAGAACCUCUGUCGACGGGCUUUGUGUUGCUGUCGUGCCUCCUCCCAUCGUAUUUUGACGGAAUAGUGCUGAGAUUGGUCGACAGAAGUUACUUCGUGCCAAACUCUGGCGUCUCAUGAAGAGCUGUGAGAGAACUCGGUGAGAUGUAACAGCUAACAACUCUUGUGCGGUGCCCUUGCCCCUUGGGAUCUUCUUCCUGUACGGGUCCACAUUUUUUUCUUUUGGGACUCGAUCAUGUGGUUCUUUUCAGGUAAUCCGAAUGUACAUUCUCACUUGGUUGAUAGUUGUAGCGCCAGUCAUUUCUGGGGAUGGAUUGUGUGUGUUUCUAGUUCCUUGGUUCUUCCAUUUAUAAGAUGAAUUCGUUGGUGGUUCCCA